AUGGAAGGGCGACUUUCCAGCACGUUGAGCGCGACUGUGCCCCGAGCUUGUAAAAAUCUCCUUCGGCCAAGGUCUGAGGGCGGCGGGUACUGGUCGGCUGAAGCUUGGGAUCCAGACUGCCGCGUUUAUGCGGGUGCUGAUAUCUUCCACACACACCACUACGCCGUGGAGCCAGAGGGGCGGAAGCCAGUUCACACUGACACACCUCAACCAAGUCUCAGGGGGCGACAAGACUCAGCUGGGUACUGGGGUGCGCUGGAGAGCGACGCGGCCGUCGAAGUCAACAUCGGCAGCCUGAAUCUGCACAAAGACGUAGACGCUACCCGUCGAACUGCUAGAGUUUCUUUUGACGAGGGUGCUACGCACCCAGUCCAGGACAAGUCGCCAGCAUCAGGCCAGGAGGGCCUGACAAGGAAGACCAGUGAGUACUGGAAUUCAGCGAAUUGGGACCUGGAUCAGCAUGUUGCAAGGAAGCACCGGGAGGUCACUCCCUCGACCGAUGCCCCCAGCAACCUAUCCAGAAAGGAAAGCAAUGCCUACUGGGAUGCCGACCAGUGGGAUCCCGAUCAACGUGUUUAUGUGGGAGCCGAAGCUGGUCAGACGAUGCACCUCACAGCCGUCAUUGACCAGGGUGAAGACAAGCUACUCCGUGCGUGGACCGGGGGCUUGACUUGCGCCACUUAUGUCUCCACAAGCACGACGGCCACCCUCGACCUAGCUGCCACUGCAGGCGAACCUCCACUACUGAAGGACCUCUACGAUGUCACAGCGGACUCUGUUGGCUCUGGUAGUUUUGGAGUUGUACGCUUGGCUCGGCACUACAAGUCGGACAAGCCCUGUGUAGUGAAACUUGUGAAAAAGAGCCAGUGUGGCGCCAUGUACAAAUCGCAGGUGGAGGGUGGGCUCUACGAAUCUUUGCUGGGCAUGUCAAAAUCGACCCCGCACAAGAACAUAGUGCAAUAUCUCGACGCGCUAGAAAGCAGCGACCACUACUAUGUCAUCAUGGAGAACCUCAGCGGGCCAGAACUUCUGGAAAAGAUGGAGCGCGAGUUUCCAAUCACCGAGAGACACUGCCAGGAAGUAAUGAAGGAGGUUGUGUCUGCCCUGGCACACAUCCAUGAUGUGGUGAAAAUCUGCCAUAGGGACAUCAAGCUUGACAACUUCCGCUACCGAAGCCCGGAGCCGGGUGCACCGUUGGUAUUGCUUGACUUUGGCUUUCUCGCCCGAUUGGACCAGCCCUGGGAUGGCAAGAAGUGCGGCACUCGCAUGUUCAUGGCCCCAGAGAUGCUUCAAGAAAGUGUCCAACAAGCGUACAUUCCUGCGAUGGACAUGUGGGCAGCAGGAGUACUGCUGUACCUCCUCUUUACAGGUGACUGCCCGGUCCAGCCCGAGGACAUGCAAAAGAUGGUACAAGGGCCAGACAGCAAGGACAUUGUGCUCAAGGCCUUGCAAGUCGACCUCUUGAAAUCCGUCUCUGCGGAGGCGACGAACCUCCUCGAGAAGCUGCUGGAUUUGGAGGCACCAAACCGUCUUCGUGCAGUGGAUGCGCUGCAUCACCAAUGGCUGUCCAUGGAUCUGGACAGCGGAGCUCGAGCCGUGCCAGCUCGAAGAGAGUCUUACAGGCGCAUGGCCAGCAAGAGCGCCAAAGAGGUGGCUUUGCAGGAUGUCGAGCCAGUGAAGGAGGGAUAG